AUGGCAAACGCCAACAAGACGAUAUUCGGUAUUCACGAUAUCGAAGGUGUCCAUGAUGGCGCCAUCGUAUCGGAGAAGUUGGGAACAGCCGACGAUCAACAUGAUAUGCUGCGCAUGGGAAAGAUUCAGAAGUUGAGACGUAACUUUGGGUUCUUCUCUAUUUUUGGAUUUUCUAUGAUUUUGCUGAGCACAUGGGAGACCCAACUUGGAACGGCAGCAUUUGGCCUCUUCAAUGGAGGGAGUGCAGGCCUUAUCUAUAUGUACAUCGCUACGGCAUGUGGUUUUUCAACAGUCGUGUUGUCGAUGGCUGAGAUGGGUUCAAUGGCACCUACUGCUGGAGGACAAUACCAUUGGGUUUCCGAAUUCGCCCCCAGGCGUGCUCAACGGUUUCUUAGCUAUGUGGUCGGGUGGCUAUCGGUCCUUGGCUGGCAAACGGGGAGUGCCGCGAGUGCCUUUCUUGCCGGAACUGAAAUUCAGGGGCUGAUCGCCCUCAAUUACCCGGAUACCUACGUCUUCCAGAGAUGGCAUGGGACGCUGCUCACCAUCGCGGUCGCAUCAGUGUGCUGCAUCUUCAAUACGUUCUUCGCACGAAAACUGCCUCUCGUUGAAGGAUGCAUUCUCAUCCUGCAUGUUCUUGGCUUCUUCGCGAUCAUGAUCCCUCUCCUGGUCCUAUCGCCAAGAAGAAAGGCUGAAGCAGUGUUUACCGAUUUCAACGAUAACGGUUGGGGGAGUGUCGGGUUGUCGUGCCUUGUUGGAAUCCUUACACCAACCGUGUCACUCCUUGGAUCCGAUGCCGCCACUCAUAUGUCUGAGGAGCUACAACAUGCAUCAGCGACGCUACCGAAGGCUAUGAUAGCCACGAUAAUAUUCAACGGACUCUUCGGGUUUGGGAUGCUUCUAACGUUCUUGUUCUGCCUUGGCAACAUUGAACAUGUCCUUGCCACCCCGACAGGAUACCCCUUUAUCCAGGUAUUCGCGGACGGAACGCAGUCGAUCGCAGCAGCAACGGGGAUGACUAGCAUCAUGAUCGUCCUCUCCACCUGCUGCUGCAUGACGAAUAUGGCCACUGCGUCACGCCAACUCUUUGCAUUCGCACGAGAUCAUGCGAUCCCAUACCCGGAAAUUUUUUCCACGGUCAAAUGGGAAAUUCCCUUCAACGCCAUUAUAUUCACGCUCGGCGUGACGUCUCUGCUCUCCCUCAUAAACAUCGGUUCGACGGUGGCAUUGAAUCAGAUCAUUUCCUUGGGCGUCAGCGCUCUAAUCUCGUCGUAUAUCGUCUCCAUAUCAUGCGUCUGCUUGAAGCGUCUGCGAAAGCAGGCACUCUUAAAGCGUCACUUCAGUCUGGGCAAAUACGGCCUGCCUCUCAACAUCACAGCGGUCUCGUUCCUCCUGGUUGUAUACAUAUUUUCCUUCUUCCCCGCCGAACCGAAUCCAAGCCCAGAUCAUAUGAAUUGGAGCAUACUGAUCUACGGAUGCGUAAUGAUAUUCUCCCUGGUUUUUUUCUGGGUCAAAGGGAGACACAUAUACGUUGGACCGGUGGAGUACGUCAGGAAGGAUCUGUAACUAUGGAUGUGUUCAUGGUGACUUUUCUGAAGGAUUGGAGGCUUGGUCGAUCUCCCAGAUGGUCAUAAAAUCAUGGUGGCUCCUUGCAAGAUUUAUUGGUUUCAAAAGGGUUGCACCUGUUCAUAGCGAUGCAUCCUGGCUUAUCAGGUUGCCCGCGGAAGUGACGGAUAGUAUGAAGCAUUAGAUAGCCUCGAUGUG